AUGGAGAAAAAAAGAAGAGAAAAACAUGUACAAAAUGCUGGAGAGGAUGGUGGAGAAGAAAAUGGAGAAAAGGGUAAAAAAAAGAGGGAUGUCAAGUGUGAUUGGUUGCUAUAUGAAUCUUAUGUGGGCAAAGGGCCUAUUACUAGGAUCAAGACAUAUCAACCUAAGCAUGUAUGUGAAAGAACCAAGUUUGCCACUUCUUCAUGGCUUGCUCAAGGGUUUGAUGAGGACUUGAGAGAUAAUCCUAAUAUGUCUGUGUCAGAUUUCAUGAAGAUCGUGAGGAAGAAUUAUGACAUAGAUAUCACUGCAAACCAAUUUUACAAAGCCAAAAGCAGAGCUAAAGAGAGAAUACAUGGAAGUAUUGAAGAACAAUAUGCAAAAUUGUGGGAUUAUUGUGAAGAGUUGAAGGCAAACAAUCCAGGCAGCACUGUAUUAACCAAGACUGAUUUGCGAAGGGACAACCCAGGAACUCAUCCAGGACAGAUUUUAUAUGCAGUUGGUAUUGAUGCGAAUAAUGGGAUGUACCCUGUCGCAUUUGCUAUGGUUGAAAUGUUCAUGUCAUAUAAGCAAAAGGGUUUGGGGCAAGGCAUUAGGGAUUUGAUACCCACUGCUGAACACAGGCAUUGUGUUAGGCACCUUCAUAAUAAUUUCAAGAUUGCGGGUCACAAUGGACUAGCAUUGAAGCAAAGAUUGUGGACAGCUGCUGGAUCAAUUACAAUACUUAGAUUUGAUGUUGAGAUGGAGAAGAUGUAA